AUGUUUUCAGAAAAAUAUGCUGUUGUAGUUGGUAUAGAUUUUGGAACAUCAGCAAGUUCCUUUGCAUAUGCUUACAAAAUUGGUUCGUCAAAGCCGGAAAUAGUAACCCAUGAUAAAUGGCCAGACCAACCUGGUGGUGGUAUGUUUAAAACCGACACAGCAUUACUAUAUGAUACACAAACUUGGAGUAUUGCUGCAUGGGGAGCAAGUGCAAUGGUUUGUAAACCUGAAAAAAAGAAAAGAAAAAACCAAAAGAAUAACAAUGAUGUUGUUUGCGGCGAUGGUGGUAGUGUUAUAGCGCCUAAAAAAGGAGAAUUAUGGGGUCCUAAUAGUACAUUGCUUAUUGGUGAUAGCAACAAUAUUAAUAUUAAUAGUCCAAAGACAAUAUCAGCCACCAUGUUCAAAUUACAUUUGGCUGAUUUGAAGCAAGAAGAUAAACCACAUUUACCUAUGAAUAUCGACUAUAGAAAAUAUGUAGAUUUUUAUCGUAAUAUCCUAAUAGUAUUAACAGUUCCUGCAACAUACUCGGAAAGAUCAAAAGCAAUAUUACGUGAAUGUGUUUGGCGUGUAGGCCUAAUCGAAUCCAUAAAUGCAAAGAAUCUUGAAUUCACUACAGAACCUGAAGCUGCUGCUAUUGAUUGCAUUCCACUGCUAAAACAAUAUGGAUUAAAGAGCGGAACAAACUUUAUGAUAGUAGACUGUGGUGGGGGUGCAGUAGAUUUAACAAUGAGGCAACUUAAUAACGAAGGAAAAAUAAGUGAAAUAACGGAGAGAACGACUGAUUAUUGUGGAUCAACUUAUGUUGAUAAAGAAUUUGUUAAAUAUCUUUUUAAAAAAUUUGGAUUAUUUAAUGCAAUACAAAAACUUAAAGACAGUCAUUAUGAACAAUUUCAAUAUUUAGUAAAACAAUUUUCUGAUAAGGUUAAAAUACCAUUCACCAACAAUGGGUUCAAACCUAUCGAUUUAGAUUUGCAGGAUUGUUUUAAAUCAUUUUUUGAUCCAGUGAUUCAGCGAAUUGUUUGGUUAAUAGAAAAUCAUUUAAAAUCAUCAAAAAGGAAAUGCGGUGCAAUGUUUUUGGUCGGUGGAUUUAGUGAAUCGCCGUACCUAUUACAUCAGAUAAGAUCAUAUUUUCAUCAUUCAAUACCAAAUAUUGGUGUUCCAAAACAGCCUAUAUCAUCAAUUGUUCGAGGAGCAGUACAGUAUGGAUUAGAUAUGAGAACGGUGACAACAAGAGUUUUACGAUACACAUAUGGAGUCCAAGUGUUGGAUAAAUGGAAAAAGAACGUAGAUCCGCCAAAUAGAAGAAUGCCAAGUGGCCAUGUUUAUGUGUUUCAUAAAAUGGCACAAAGAGGCACAUCGGUGGAAGUUAAUCAUUCAAUUGGAUAUGUGGCAAGGCCUUCAAAUCCAAAUCAAACCGAUAUGGCUUUUAAUAUUUUUUCUACACCAGCAUUGAGUGCAAGAUUUUGUGACGAGCCAGGAAUGAGAUCGUUGGGCACUUUAAAAAUUGACUUGUCAGAUAUUAAUCUUGGGGCCAAACGAUUAGUGGAAUUUUCUUUAACUUUUGGAGCUAUGGAAAUUAAAGCUACUGCUAAAAAUAAAAAAACAGGAGUAAUUUACCAAACAAAUUUACAACUAGAAUUUUAA